GAGUACCAACAAAAAGAUUGAAUCGAUUUUUGGCGCCUGAAAAAUUUUUAUAUUCUCUUUUCUCUCCUUGUAUCCGAUCAUCGAAAAUCCAUCUACAGUUACCUGUACCGGGUGCUGGAGGCUAGGGUUUUGGCUUAUUCGGUCGAGCUUCCUAUUCCAAAUGCCUAAACUUCGAUGAAGAGGAAAAGUUCUCAAAUUAACACCGAACAUCCAUCUCCAAUCCGUUCUUCUUUUCCAAGAGGUUUCUACGGUGUUCAGGCUUCUAAAACUCGAUUCAAGUAUGCAGAAUGUCGAACUACCAAAGGGAUUGGCUGCAAAGAAAGAGUAAGAUUUACAGAUCUUGUUAAUGAUGAUGAAUUACAGGAAUCUGCUUCAGUUCCUCUACAAAGAAAUUAUGCUCCAAGAUCUGAUGACCCCAAAACAUCAGAAUAUGCUUUCUUUAAGAAAUUAAAGAGCGAUGCAAAUCAUAGGUUUCACUCCCAUGCUCUGCAUCAAGAUGAAAACCAAUCCCUGAAUCUCAAACCAAGUGACUAUUCUAGAGAGAGAACUAACAUUAUUGAGAACAGCUAUAACGAUUUCAAGUCCCCAGUGCUCCCUAAAAAUGUAACACCUGAGAAUUUUGUGUCAUUCCUCUCACCACUUAGUAACGCAUCAAAGAAGUCAGGGCUAGACAUGAAGAGAGUUGGGACAACAAUGGUGGAUAUACACCGCACACUGGAAAAUAAGGAAUAUGGUGCUCAGUGCAAGAAUGCUGACGUCUUUUUCAGAAAAAGGCAGAAACUACGCCAGUUGGUAGCAAAUACCUCAUUCUCUGAAGUUGAUGAACUCUGUUCUAAGGGGUGUGAUUUUGUUUCUGUGCUGCUCAGUAAGCUGUUCCCUGAGAGCAACAAAGGGAAGAGUUUUGAGGAUGUAAAGACGGGGAAAUUAGAAAUUGAUACAAAUUGUAAGCCACUUGCUUCUCCAGAGACAGAUGUGGACUUCAAGAUAUCUAACUGGAUGACAAGAAGGAAUUUUAUGGAACUUGAAUUUGAACCUUCAUUGGAUGUUGGAUUUUCUUCUUGUUGGUUGGGAAUGCCAAGAGAGAGAGACGUCCCAAAUUUCCGGUCUCAAAGCUGUCAUUCCCACAGAACCUAUCUUGACAACGUAAUAAUGGAGGUUGACUAUGAAUUAGGAGAAAGAGCUGCCCCAAUUUUAUGCAUUGAAGGUGAUUCAGCUUUUGACUUUCAUGUCAGAAAACAUAGAUCAUUUACAUCGAGGCAUCUUAAGGGAUUGGAUGAAUUCCAUUGUCCAAUUGAACCUUUGCUUGGAAGACAGCGCCACACCUUUCUACUUGGUUAUGAUUAUGAUAACAUGAUAGACAAAAGCAAAUUAUCUAUGCCUUGUCAAGAUACAGAGCUGGCCUUGCAUCCCGAUCUAUCUAGUUCAUAUGGUGAUCAACAACAGGGACUGGAUAACAGUUUUACUGUGGGUGGAUUAAAUUCCCUGUUUUCAUAUUGUCCUCCGAACCUGCCAUCCCUUCAGUUCUCUCCUUCGGCUGGCAUCAGGAGCCACAACUUUGGAAAAUGCUUUCCUGAAGUUAAGGAUGACAUAGUUGCAGUUAUUAACAAAUUUUCUUUAUCCUUAUCACACCCAGCAAACCAUCUGAAUUUGGACGAGUGUUCUCCUUGUGACACCACAUGCAAAGGUGGCAUCUUGCUUUCUCCUGAAAAUCACCUAUGGUUUGUGAGAAAGGUUCUGAAUGAGGAGCAUCAUUGUUCGGGUACAGAAGCUCUCUUUUCAACUGGACCUGAUUUUUACUUAGAGCCAAUGCACAUACCAGUAAGCUGUUCCUUGAGAGAUCAUUAUAAGUACACUUGGCAUGCUCAUAAAUUUCACCAAAAUGAAGGCAUGCCUUCACACUUUUUAAUUGGAGAUAAGAAUGUGAAUUACUUAGAUGGUUUAAGUCACAGGGGACUCAUGAAUCAUGAAGAUAUGAUUGAUAUCCCUGACUGGUCAUCCUUUUAUUUCCAGAUGUCUGUUAACAAAGAGAAGAUAUGUCCCUUACUGCUUAGUGGAUCUGAAUGAAUUAUAUUCUGAUGCCAAAUAAAAUGAAAUUUUGAUAAA